UAUUCUAGACCAUUUAAAGAGUGAAAAUAAGAUAUAUGUGUAUCUCCUCCCCAUAUAUGAGUCCUUCAACUAUACAUACAGGAAUCGAAUUUAAAGGUAUAGAUUGUUGAUUCUCAAUUCUCAUCUCAAAUAUUUUUUUUACAUACCCAACUACAACAUUUGAAGAAUCAACUAUAAAAAUGGCGAAGGGGAAAAAUAAAACUACAGAAGAUCAUACUCGUGCGACUCGUACUUCAAAUGGUCACAAAUCAAAACAGCAUCAUAGUAGAAAGGGUAGACAAGAGACUGGUGCUAAUGGAGGACCAGAUGGAUCUGGUGAUAAGUUCCCAGUAAAACUUGCUAUGUGGGAUUUUGAUCAUUGUGAUCCUAAAAGAUGUUCUGGUAAAAAACUUGAAAGAUUAGGACUCAUUAAAAACUUGAGAAUUGGACAAAAAUUUUCUGGUGUGGUUGUUUCUCCAAAUGGGAAAGGUGUUGUUUGUCCUGAUGAUAAGGAAGUUGUAGAAGGUAAUGGGAGUGCAGUUGUAGAAUGUUCAUGGGCAAGAUUGGAUGAAGUUCCAUUCAAUAAAAUUGGAGGUAAACACGAAAGAUUAUUGCCAUAUCUUGUUGCUGCUAAUCCUGUCAACUAUGGGAGACCAUGGAAAUUGAAUUGUGUAGAAGCUUUGGCUGCAUGUUUUGCCAUUGUAGGUAGAUUGGAUUGGGCUACUGAAUUACUUGAUAACUUUUCAUGGGGGCCUGCAUUUUUAAAAAUUAACAAGGAAUUAAUAGAGGUAUAUCAGCAAUGUACAGAUUCUGACUCGGUACAAGCUGCACAAGAAGCAUGGCUUGAAAAGAUUGAGAAGGAACACAAGGAUAGAAAGUUACAAGGACAAACCGAAGACAUAUGGAUGAUGGGGAAUGUGAACCGAGAAGAAGAAAGUGAAGAAGAGGAAGAAGAAGAAGAAGGAGAAGAGAGUGACGAAGAUGUAGAGUAUGAUAACCUUGGAAAUGUUAUCAGUAAGAAGCGAUAUGAUAACCUUGGAAACGAAAUAGACGAUGCUGAAGGCGACGAUACUGACAGUGAGGAAGAAGAAGAAGAAGAAGAAGAAGAAGAAGAAGAAGAGGUUUAUGAUGCUCUUGGAAACCUUGUAAUUAAAUAGAAGAUAACUUUUACAUUUAGAAAUUCUUGAAACCUUUUUAUUAGGGGAAUAUAAUAUACAAUAAAGUUGAAGUAAUGAGUUUGAGUUUGAUCAUGCAAACACGAAUAUCUCGUGUAGAAAUGCACCUUUGUAUUAGACUUGCGAGGGGA